AGUCGGCGGUGGGAGUUGAGCGCGUAGGGAAGCGGGACAUGCCGAGAGGAGACGCGGCUGCUGCAGUUCCUGUGUCCCGUUAACGCUUUUACACUCAUCCCGCUGUAAUCCGGAGAGGAAUCAGACACUAGAAGGAGAAUGAUUUGUGAAGCUGGAAACAUCCUCACACUUGCUGGGAUCUUGAUCAUUGUGGUGUCAUGUCAAGCCAUUGGACCUCCGUGGGUGAGUGGUGUGGUGGAGGAGAAGCAGAUGGCUCAGCUGGGCCGUAACGUCCGCCUGCCAUGCCCCGUCGAAGGCAACCCUCCGCCCUUGCUGCUCUGGACCAAGGACGGACGAAACGUCAAUGCCGGCUGGAGCCGUUACCGCGUCCUGCACCACGGCCUCAAGAUCAAGAACGUGGAAGCCAAAGAUGCCGGAGUCUACGUGUGCCAGGCAGCUAAUGGCUUUGGGAGCGUCUCGCUCAACUUCACCCUCACUGUGACUGACAAUACCGAGCCUCCAACCAAACCUCCUCCAAUCUCAGAGGAACCAUGCCUCAAUACAGCACCGGUGGAUCAAGCUGGUCAGCCAUGUGUAAAGCCACGCUUCAGCCAACCCAUGAAGAUGCGCAGACGUUUUCGGGAGCAGCCGGUAGGCAGCUCGGUGCGACUAAACUGUGUGGCAACAGGGAACCCUCCGCCCUGCAUCACCUGGUGGAAGGACCAGGAGCAGCUUCCCGCUCCCACCCGGGCCAAACGACCACAGUGGACCCUCACACUAAAGAACCUGCAGCCACAGGACAGUGCCCGCUACACCUGCCGUGUCUUCAAUGCAGCUGGGCACAUCAACGCCACCUACACUGUGGAGGUUAUUGAGCGUACAAACUCCAAGCCCAUGCUGGCUGGAAACCACCCUCUGAACACCACAGUGGAGCUUGGUGGUACAGCUUUGUUCCAGUGUAAAGUCCACAGCGAUGUGAAGCCCGUGAUCCAGUGGCUGAAGCGGCUCGAGCCAGGUACGGAGGGGCGCUACAACACCACUCUUGAGGUCGGUGGUCAGCACUUCAUGGUCUUGCGCACCAAAGACGCUUGGCCUCGGCCUGAUGGCUCAUACCUCAACAAACUGGCCAUUGUCAAAGCCCGAGAUGAGGACGCUGGCAUGUACAUCUGUCUUGGAGCAAAUUCUAUGGGCUACAGCUUCCGCAGUGCCUACCUCACUGUUCUCUCAGAUCCCCCGGUUGAGAACUCGGAUACCCCGGCCCACCUAAGUUCUGGUCUUCCAUGGCCUCUGAUCAUCGGCAUCCCAGCAGCAGCUCUGCUUAUGGUUGGUACGAUCGUGUUGUGGUUGUGCCAUAGUCGCCUCCGUCAUGGCCCCCUACCCCCUCGCUCUGCACCCUACCGAGAGCGCCACGGCCCUGAUAAAGAUCCCAGCAUCCCCAGCAGUGGCAGCCCUGACUUCCCCACCCACAGACUUAUGGGAAUGGGAUCCCCGGGCUUCAGUGGGCCUGCAAAGACUUUCUCCAAGGUUUACACGGACAUGCACACUCACACUCAUACGCACACACACUCGCAUGCUCAUGUGGAGGGGAAAGUGCACCAGCAUUUCCACUACCAGCGCUAACAGGCUAAGCUGUGCCUCAAAUGUUAAACUAACAAAGCUAAUGCUGCUAGCCUGCUUUACAUGGACAGUGGGUCUUCUGUUUAGAUCAGGAAGCUGGAUCUGAACUGUGUUACUCUCGAGCAAUGACAGGACUGUUAAAAGAAAGAAAGAACUGGCCAAUCAUGGAACAGUGUUCAUGCCAUAGAUAUUCUGGUGUACUGCGUUCACCUUGAAAACUCUCAGGGCAGGAAGAAUCUUGUGUGUGAAACUGAAACUGAACACGGUCCUGGAGACCAAGCACAAGGCUAACACACUGACUGUACUGACUUUAGCCUGCCUCUGGAAUCUGUUAGAACCCUCCUCUAUCCUGUUCACCAGUGGAAAGGGACAUUAGUAGUUACGCAACAACAUGGUAAUCUGAGUAGUUCAAGUAUGGGUGUAUCUGAAAUAGCAAUAUUUCUAGGAUUUUCUAGGAUUUUAAAAACCUCAUUAUCACAACUGGGGUGAGAACCAGUCCAGCAAACAGCCUCCAGCAAUAAGUGGGCAGAAACUCAAGUCUCGAGCUUUCUCCAGUGGUUCCUCUAGUGGAAUCAUUAAGGUUUCCAUGUAGAACCCUGAAAUGGUAUGUGUCUUAAGCCAGAAAUCUUAAAAGAACCCUUGAAGAACCAUUAUAUUAACUAGGUAAAUAUGUGGUACAAACUCCAAAUUAUUGGUACUUGCUUUGUCUUGAUAUGUAGAAUGCAUUUAGAAUCUUGGUACUAGGUAAAUGCAAGGAAAAGGGGUUCUUGAAUGGUUUUAUAAGGAUUCAGUGGAUUCAGUAACAAAGUAGCAGUUCUACUUAAGCAUUUCUACUUAAAUCAUAUCUGAUUAGCCAGUUGGAACUUGUUAGCAAGUUAUAGACUUGGUACUUAAUACACUCUAAAAAGAAGAGUUCUUUAUGGGUCCAUUUGAUUAUUAAGGGUUCUUAGCUAACAGAAAGGGUUCUUAGACACCCGAUAUAGGUUUUUAUCCAACUUGUGCAUGAAACCCUUUCUGAUAGGGAGACACUUUGUUGUUCUGUUCUACAUGGAACUACCGAGGGUUCCUCUAGACCAGGGGUGUCCAAUCUUAUCCACAAAGGGCCGGUGUGGGUGCAGGUUUUCAUACCAAUCAAGCAGGAGCCACACCUGAUUCCACCUGUUUAAUCAACUGAUCUUGGCUUUCAAUAGACUCUGGUGUAGCUUCUGCUAGGUUCGAAUGAAAACCUGUACCCACACCGACGCUUUGUGGAUAAUAUUGGUCAUCCUUGCCCUAGGGGGACAAUGAAGAACCAUUACAGAUACACAAUAUACAUAUAACAAUGAAACACCUACACGGUGACCAACAAGUUAAAAUCUGACACACACAUCCCUAACCCUAACCCCAAACACACACACACACUACCAUGUUAAGUGUCACAGCUAUAAUUCGAAUGAACCCAUGCUCAGAGAUAUCAGAUCAGUAGUGGUUCCACCGUGGUUCUUUUCCCCUGAUAGACAGUGUAGAGGAGAUACGACUAAUGCAUAGCAAACAGAUGGACUACGGUCAGUAUACAACAAUACACAGCACGGUAUUGGAAUAUGUGAGUGUCUUUGAAAAGCUGAUGAGGAUGAGCAGUUCUGUUUACAGAGUGAACUUUUUUUUUUUAAUAGGAGUGUAUCAGAAACCCAUACUGUGGACC